AGUAUGAUACAUCUUAUUAUUGAUGAAUUUUUAUCUUACAUUUGAUUUUGUAGUAACAAAUUUUAUCUACACUAUACAUUUUAUAGUUAAAAAUGGAUAAUCAAAUACGUAUGAAGUUACGGCUUCAUUUUUUCUUAUUUAUCAAAUCGAUAUAAUCGCUCAUAAUAUAAAGUAGUGCAGAAUUAGUGUAAAUUCAAUAAUCUUUGGAAUAAAGCUGCAGAAUAAAAGCUAUUAAAAGCUAGACUGAAAAAAAUUUAAGAUAAUAAUGAUAAAAAUGAAUAACUCACCAGAUUUACGGAUGAAAAAACUGAUGCUUCUUUCGUGCAGCCUCGCCCUCAUAUACAUUGGGCAGCCCGGGUUAGCAGAUAAAAUAUCAGUUGGAGCCAUAUUUGAACAAGGAAUUGAUGAAGUUCAAUCUGCUUUUAUAUAUGCAGUAUACAAUCAUAAUCAAAAUACGACUCAUAGAAGAUUCGAACUUCAAGCAUUUGCAGAUAUCAUCAAUACAGCAGAUGCUUUUAAGCUUUCGAGAUUAAUUUGCAAUCGUUUUGCAAGUGGAGUGUACUCUAUGAUCGGUGCAGUCAAUUCCGAUUCUUUUGACAUUCUUCAUUCUUACAGUAAUACUUUUCAAAUGCCAUUUAUUACCCCAUGGUUUCCUGAAAAAGUACUGCAACCUUCUUCAGGUUCUGUUGAUUUUGCCAUCAGCAUGCGUCCAGAUUAUCACCAUGCAAUUAUUGAUACGAUACGACAUUAUGGUUGGAGAAAAAUCAUUUAUCUCUAUGAAUCUCAUGAUGGUCUUUUGCGUCUUCAGCAAAUUUAUCAAGGGUUGAAUCCAGGAAAUAACACCUUUCAAGUUGAAACUGUAAAGAAAAUACAAAACGUAUCGGAGGCUCUUAACUUCUUACGCAGGCUUGAGGAAAUCAAUAGAUGGGGAAAUAAGUACGUGGUACUUGAUUGUCCAACUGAAAUGGCUAAAGACAUUGUUGUGAGUCAUGUGAGAGAUGUAACUUUAGGUCGGCGAACUUACCACUACUUGCUCAGUGGACUUAUUAUGGACGAGCACUGGGAAAGCGAAGUUAUCGAGUAUGGUGCCAUCAACAUAACAGGUUUCCGUAUAGUUGACACCUCUCGAAGACAUGUCAAGGAAUUCAUUGAUGGAUGGCGUCAAUUAUCCACUAAUAACUAUCCUGGUGCCGGACGAGACUCCAUUUCUGCACAAGGAGCUUUGAUGUAUGAUGCAGUUUAUGUAUUGAUUGAAGCUCUUAACAAAUUCCUUCGAAAAAAAACUGACAAGAACAAUCCAAGACGAAUUGGAGGAAUUUCAAACGUUGGACAACAAACCAAUGGUACUUUGGACUGUAAUUCUAGUCAUGGUUGGGUUUCACACUUUGAGCAUGGAGACAAAAUAGCUAGAUUACUCCGAAAAGUUGAAAUUGAAGGGCUUACUGGUCAGAUUAAAUUUAAUGAAGAAGGUCGACGGCAAAAUUAUUCUCUGGAUGUAGUUGAAAUGACUGUCAAUAGUGCUCCCGUAAAAGUUGCUGAAUGGAGAGAUACUCAAGGAUAUUUAGUAGUUCCAUCAAAACGAGAUAGACAUUCCAAAUCAGAAAUUUUAAGAAACAAAACUUAUAUUGUAACAACUAUAGUGGAAGAACCGUACAUAAUGGAAAAAAGACUUGAUGAUACUAAAUUUGUAGGAAAAGUCAAAGAUCGUUAUGAAGGGUAUUGUAGAGAUUUGGCAGAGUUAAUAACUAAGAAAUUGAAUAUAAGCUGGGAUUUACAAAUAGUAAGAGAUGGCAAAUACGGCUCAGAAAAUCCAUCGGUACCUGGUAGAUGGGAUGGUAUGGUCGGUGAACUAAUCAGAAAGGAAGCUGAUAUAGCUAUUGCUCCAAUGACUAUAACGUCCGAACGAGAGAGAGUAAUAGAUUUCAGCAAACCUUUCAUGUCGCUCGGAAUAAGUAUCAUGAUUAAAAAACCAGUGAAACAAAAUCCUGGUGUGUUUAGUUUUCUGAAUCCUUUGAGCAAAGAAAUCUGGGUGUGCGUUAUUUUCUCAUACAUCGGCGUUUCAAUUGUACUAUUUAUUGUAUCAAGAUUCAGUCCAUACGAAUGGAGAGUUCUUACGAUUGGUACGAAUCGCGAUCCCAGUCUUGUUUCAAGGGACGGUACUCUGCAGCAUGCGCAUGGUUCACAAGGCUCACAUAUUCAACACACAAGCAUAGCUAAUGAUUUCAGUAUUCUCAAUAGUCUGUGGUUUGCACUUGGUGCUAUAAUGCAGCAAGGCAGUGAUCUGUCGCCUCGAUCAAUAUCUGGCCGAAUAGUUGGGAGCGUUUGGUGGUUCUUCACGCUCAUUCUUAUAUCAUCGUACACUGCGAAUUUGGCGGCGUUUCUAACAGUCGAACGUAUGGUAUCUCCCAUCAACUCUCCAGAGGAUUUAGCAGCUCAAACUGAAGUUCAAUACGGUACCUUGCAAGGAGGUUCAACUUGGGAUUUCUUUAGGAAAUCUCCGAUCGAGCUGUACAAACAUAUGUGGAGGUACAUGAAUGAAAACAAGCAAGUUUUUGUAAAUACUUAUGACGAAGGCAUUCAAAGAGUUCGUAUGAGUAAAGGAAAAUAUGCUUUAUUAAUCGAGAGUCCAAAAAAUGAUUACAUUAACGAGCGAGAACCAUGUGAUACAAUAAAAGUUGGACGAAAUUUAGAUGCCAAAGGAUUUGGAAUCGCUACUCCACUAGGCUCUCCGCUUAGAGAUAACAUCAACUUGGCGGUUUUGUCUUUGAAAGAAAGCGGUGAAUUGGCCAAGCUAAUGAACAAAUGGUGGUAUGAACGCACAGAGUGUCGACACGGUGAUAAACAGGAUACUUCUAGGAAUGAGCUGUCUCUUAGCAAUGUUGCUGGAAUUUUUUACAUUCUCAUCAGUGGACUUCUCUUGGCACUUGCUGUAGCACUCGUGGAGUUUUGCUAUAAGUCCCACUCGGAAGCCACUAGAGCGAAGAUCCCCUUAUCAGAUGCAAUGAAAGCAAAAGCACGUUUAACUAUAGGUGGAAAUCGAGCUUUUGAUAAUGGACGGUGGUACGGAUUACAAAGCUAGACAAAGGAUACUUGUACCUUAUCAAAAGCCAUCCGUAAGUCAAUUCACCUUUUUUUUUUGUACUCAUUGCAAUUGAAGAGAAAAACAAAAUUCAAGAUAUUAUUAAUGAUACUUAAGAAUAUAAUAAUAUAAUAAUAUACAGUAAAACAUCGCUUCAGCGGACACUGACGGUAUUGAGAAAUUUGUCCGUCGAAGGAGGUUUACAGUAUAUUAAAAUUGUAAAGGGCAUGAUACAUUUCAGUCGACAUGUUAUAUCACUAGCAUUUCAGUUAAUUCAUAUAUUGAUUGUACUCGAGUCUUCUGUCUCGAAAAUAACUUUUUUAUAUGUAAAUGUCUGCUAAAAUGAUUAUGCUAGCUUCUAUAAAAUUAAAAUAGUUGUAAUUUUAUUUAUUUGAAUACAAUAUUUUAAUAUACUAACAAUAGAAAUACUAAACUCUUUUUUAUUUUUAGUGUCACACGCCUGUGAGCCCAUUGGUAAUAUCAAAGUAGAACUGGUGCGACACAAUUUGCAUAUGCAACUAUAAUUAAUCGUGGUAGCAGUUUAGAUGUCAUAAUUAAGUAUGGUAGUAAGGAAUUGUCAAUUUCAAUCAUUUAAUCAAUGGCAUCAUAAUUAUUUAGGAAUACAUUUUCCGGCACUGUGUAACGUUUACUAAUUUUUCUAACAGAUCUAAAAAAAAUACCAUAAUCGAUGUAAGGUAAACAGGAGUACUCUCCAACGUUGAGAGACAUUCUUUGUUAAUCAAAAGACUGUUUAGAUUUAAUUUUUAUCCGAAUGCUAGAAGCGGUUUGAAAUAUACUAUACAAUUCAUCUUCAUUAUGUAACGUGGUUAAAAAUACUAACAAGGAGACCACUUAAAAUACAAGGUAACCGUUUUUUCCAAAAUAUUCUUCGAGACUCUAAGCGUCAAAAAAAGAUACCCUUUGUAUACGAUAGUCCCUAAAAGAUUCUGGUAGAAAUCGAUGUUUCAAAUUUUAAGUCGUCUCCUUGUAAGUGAAUACCAAAUAAUGAUGAAGUCACUCAGCCAUAGAAGUCGACAAAAUGUUAGUGUGAUUUCAAAAUAUGAUUUUCACCAUUCAGUAAAAGAAGUUGGAAAAUUGCAUGUGUCAUUUAUUUUGCACUCCCAAAAAAUCGAAAGUAACUGUUUUCUUUCUACUAGGUAUCGUUUGAUACUUAUGAAUGUGAUAUUAAUAUCUGAGAUAAAAACACGAUCAAGACUAUUUAUUUUAGAUUAAUGUAUAAAUCUAUCGAAAAAUAAUAGUCGACGAUUUGUAUUUUCUACAUCAUACCAAUACGGAAAUACUUGUUUUUCCUAAAACUCUAAACAAGCAUUGACGUAUUCAUGGAAGGUUUUUAACUCAAUAUGUGAAGUAAGUAAAAAAAGUACUAAUUGCACUAACUUGGUAAGUUAAUAUUAGCUAUACACAUUUAAAUGCAUGGCAAAAAAUCUGACUACUUUUACUGGAGCAUUCAAACUGAUUCAUAGACAUACAAUUGUCAGUGAAAAUAAUCAAUAAUAAAAUUGAUGUUAAUUCAUAAAAAUUUUCAAAGAAUCAUAAUAUUAUUCGACGUUUAACUAGGACUGUGAUGAUAUUUUUUACCUUAGGGGGCAUCUCUAGCUAAAUUUUAUAAAGAAUAGUAUAAUACUACCCUGAGCCGUGAAAAAAAGUCUCAGUACACGUGUUUAUCUACAUCAAUCGUUACUUACACGUUACCAAGACUCUUCUUUUUUUGCGCCUUAGGAUGGUGAUAUAUUAGGUUUUUCCGCGCAAUAAACAUAAGAAACUAAGUUGCAAAACUUAUUUAAAUCACAUGUAUAAAAAAUCUACUAAAUUUUUGUCUCCCUUAUGUGCUAGGUUUAGUGACGGCAACUUAGUACUAUAAACUAAUACUGUAUAUGUAGUUCUAGUUUUUCAUGGCAAAACAAAUGUGCGUCAAUUUGUUUUAUAAAAAUUAUCCGUUAUCGAGGCAAAUUUCUCUCAACCUCAUUAACUCCAUAUAGUUCAAAUGGUCGAUUAUUUGUUUUUUUAUGAAAAAACGUAGACAUAGUCGGUCUAGCCGUAAGUUGCCGGCACUGCACCUGGCCCUUAUCCACACGGGUUUGCAACCGUUUAACUAAUCACGUUGGAACUUUAUAGGCUUUUUGAUUCAUAUUAUUUGAUAUAUUGUCUACACUAUAUGCUACAGUUAUUAAUAUCAUUCUAAUGUGAUCAUUAUUUCGAUUAAAAACAUUUUAUAAAAUCGGUCUAAGUAAUUUUAAGUUCACCUUCAUCCAUCACUCGAAAUGUUUACUAGGCCAUUCACGGGACUCACUUCGUGUAAGAAACAAUUUUUGAAUAUUGAUAUAUCUUAUAUAUCGAAACAAAUCAAAAGGUUUCAACUAAUUACUUUAUUGUAAACAACACAUUUUUUGAGAGACUGGUGCCAAAAGCUAGAGAUGUCUUCUUAAAAUAUAAAUAUACAUGUAUCAUUUUU